ACUCCUCUAGCGCCACCAUGAGGUUGAUAUUUUUGUUUUUUAUUGAAAUGUUGCAUCAAAGAAUUUUGGUACAGACUUUCAUGAUCCCUAAAGGAUGAACUGUAAUAACUGUGAUCCUCUGACCUUUAAUAACACUGUUAUCACUUCUGAAGACUUGAUGUCCUCAGAGUCCAGUGGUGAUACGGUCGAAGUCACCGAACUCAAGCAGCCUCGAAGAGACUCUUUCCUGCAGUUGGUUUCUCUCCAGAAGGCAUCUGGCUGCUGGCUGCUUGAACCACAUCUGGCAGCUGUACUUGGAAAGACCAGAGAGGAGGUGGAAAGCCCCAAACCUGCAGCGGUGAAAGAGGAAGUGUGGGCCACCAUUCUGGCUCUGAUCUGGCUUCAUGGUUUCAAGUUGGAUGUUCAGGAUGAGUGGCAGCUUCUGGCUAUGAAGGCUGCGUCAUGGAUCCGUGCUCAGAAAGCACCAUGUGUGACAGAGUGUGUGGAAGCUGGAAAUGCACUGUUGGGAUGUGAGGUGCAGAAAGAUUCCCUGGGGAUUUAAGGAUUUAUUUAUUCUGGUUUCUCCUUCAAGAUUGGAAGAGAGGAACAGAUUUACUCCAUCCUGUAUUUACUUCAUCAACAUUGAAUGUCUAUUAUGGCUGCUACUUUGUGGCUAUCUGUCUUUAUGAUAUUUUGUGCCUUAAGUUACAGACUAUAUAUAUUUGCACUGUACUUCAUCCAUGCAGGAUCAGCCAUCUAACAAGACAGAGUUGGUUUUCUGUUUCUGGCUUUUUAUGUUUUUUUUGUAUCAGAAUCUGUUUGAAUCUUUGGACCUGAAACUUGUUUGUGCGUAUAAACUCAACACAAUUCUCCAUGCAGCAACCCAUAAAACUGUGAGAAAUCAUGUUACAGAGGGAACAUGUGCACUUCACUAGAUACUGAAUAUACUGAAUGUACUCAUAGUCUCAUACAUGUAUUACAAUACAUUUAUC